AUGCCUUUGAAUUACCUUGGCACGCUUCUUGUAGAUGGAACUGAUAAAACACCUGGAUGGUUCUAUAUCAAGAAUUAUGGAACCCCGUUGUUGGCGGCCGUCCUUGCAAAAAUGUAUCUGAAUGGAUCUUCUAAUACGUGGCAAAGAGACUUACACGGCAAGGUGUAUAUAGUCACAGGAGGUACCUCAGGAAUUGGUGCGCCGUUGGUCAGAGAACUGGCAUUGCGUGGUGCUCAGUUGGUUUUACUAACGUCACAAUUAAAGUCUGAUAAUAGUGGAGCAGUUUGGGUAACAGACUAUGUAGAUGAUCUACGAAACUCAACCGAUAAUCCUUUGAUCUACGUCGAAGAGUGCAAUCUCUCGUCAUUGUAUUCUGUUCGGAAGUUUGCUACAAAAUGGUUGGAUAAUCGAACUGCCAGGAGAUUGGAUGGCGUGAUCUGUUUGGCUUCAGAGAGAAUGCCCAUCGGCAAAUCAAGACAAGUCAGCGUUGAUGGCGUUGAGAUGCAGAUGGCCAUCAACUACUUGGGCCAAUAUCAUUUGCUAACUCUUUUAGAGCCAUGUCUUAAGGCACAACCUCCUGAUAGAGAUGUGCGAGUGAUCCUGGCUACAUGCAUGAGCCAGUCUAUAGGAACUCUGGAUUUAGAUGAUUUGCUUUGGGAAGUGAAAAGAUAUCCAAGUGGACGGCCCUGGAAGAUGUAUGGAAGUUCGAAAUUGAUGCUACACAUGUUUGCUAAGGAAUAUCAGAAGCGACUGGAAAAUGCUGGUCGUAAGGACAAACAGCCAUGUAACAUAAGGGUGAACGUGGUUAAUCCAGGUAUAACAAGGACACCCUCUACUAGAAGAGCCAUUUCCAUGGGUAGUGUGCUUGGAUUGCUUGUUUAUUUGCUAUUAUAUCCUUUUUUCUGGAUAGUGUUAAAGCCCUGUGAAUAUGGAAUGCAGUCGUUUUUAUACGCACUAUGUUGUCCGGAUUUGAUAGAUAUAAGUGGUGGACAGUACAUAAGGGAAUGCUCUGUGGUUAAGACCAAGCUUAGAAAAGAGUUGCAAGACGACGAACUACAAAAGAACUUGUAUGAUCUUACCGCACGAAAGAUCAGUGAGUUGGAAAAGAAAUCUGCCAUUGAGAGAAACAGAGGAAAGCCUGAUGGGAAUAAGAAGAAGGACAAAAGGCAGAAGAAGGACGAAAUGCAGAAGAAGGAUAAGAAAGGACUUACUGAAGAGGAUAAGAGGGGCAUUUUCAUGUCUGCUUUUGACACCGAGGAUGAGUUACAGAAUUAUAAAGCCCGGAACGCGAACACCGACGAUGCACAUAGUACGCAGUUGAGGAGAUUGGACGAGAAGUACGAAGCUACUCACAAGAAAUCAUAA